UAAUAUAUUUUUAAAUAAAAAAAAAGAUGAAAUAAUAAGAUGGAUUCUUUUAAGAUGAUUCAAUUAGGAUUCAUAAAGAAGAAACAAAUGGAAUACUUGAAAUAGAAAAUGAUAUACCAUUUAAACCUCAUUAUGGUAAUAACUUUAUGUUUAAAUUUUGUGAUGGUCAACCAUAAAUAACAAUAGGUCCUCACUGUAAGUCUAUUUACUAAAAUAGGGCCUUUGAGUCUUUGUGUGAUAAUUUCUAUUAUGAUUGGGACCUAUUUUAUAAGUGCAACUAUUUAUAUCAAAUCUGGAAUAUGGUAUAGUUUAGGAUCCAUAAUGAGUGGCUUAAUAUUGGAAAUAUGCUUUUUGAGAGUAUUUUUGAAAAAUCCUGGAGUUAAUUUUACAUUAACAAAAGUUGUGAAAACUGAAAGUAUCAAUUUAAUAUAUAUAUCAUUAAAGAAUCAUGUUAACCUUGUAAAUUAGAAAAAGAAUAAGGAACUUAUCAUUGUUAUGAAUGUGAUAUUUGUGUAAGAGGAUAUGAUCAUCAUUGUCCUUGGGUUGGAAAAUGUAUAGGAGAAGGUAAUAUAAUGGAAUUUUAAAUGUUUUUGCUUUCUUUUCUACUAUUUUUUGCUAGCAAUUUAUUUUUAGUCAUGAUUUGAUAAUAAUAU